GAUCAAUUGCGUUUAUAGAGGGGAGUGUAACUUACCUACAGACUUAUCAUAUAGUUUAACACAUAACCUCAAUGUUGCAAUGUCUAAAAUUUUUAGAAAUUUUUGUGGAAAUGUCUAAAGUGUACAAUAUUGAAUUUUUAUAUUCUUUGUGAUUAUCAUCAAAUUGUUCAAUUUUUCUUUCUCUUUAACUUUACAUUUAUUUAAACAUGUAAGCCUACAUUUUGAGGUUAUGAAUGAAUUUCAUUAUUUAUAAGAAAAUAUAUUUUCCUUUUAUAUAUAUUUUUAUUGUCUAUAACAUAAUUUAUGUUUUAUUAUGAAGCGACGUCAAAGAAGGCCUGUUUUAGAACUUAAUCAAUCUCAAUCUGGUUCUCAUGAAGAAUAUAUACAAAAUAAACGUAAACAUAUAAAUAAUGAUUACCAAGGACAAAAUGUACCUGUUAAUCCAUUGGCAAAUUUACUUUGUCACUAUAAUUCAGAUAGUGAUACUGAAGAUUCUAAAAAAGAUUAUAAAUUAGAUGAUCAGGUUAAUAAUUUUUUUAAAGAAAUUCAAUUGAUUGCACCUAAGCAAUCACUUUCAAAGGAAUCUAACAAUGUUGCCUUAACAACAAAUUCUAAUAUACACUUAUCACACCAUAUAAAGCAACAAGCAUUCAUGUGGCGUGAAUGUUUAGAUGAAUCUUCAGGUUAUCCUUACUAUUGGCAUAUUGAAACUAAUGAAGUAACAUGGGAAAUGCCAGAUGAAUUGCGAUAUUUAAAAAAUAAUGUUAAAACAAGUUCUAUUAUAAAAUCACAACCAAUGCAAGAAUCUCAUUGGGUUGAUUUUUCAUCUGUUACAUACCAACAACCUCAUGAAAAUAUACCAGAAGGUAUGAUACCAAGAGAAGUAGUAGCUCGAAAUCGUAAUAGAUAUAUUUGCAAUGAAACUGUCCAAAAGCAAGAAUUUCAAAUUGAUCAAGAUACUGCAAAUACAUCUGAUACCAUGGAUAACGAUUCUGAUGAUGGGAAGAUAGAAAUGAUUACAUCUUAUGGGAGUGAUGAAAGUGAUUCAGACACAACUGACGACAAUUUAUUAAAAAAUAAUACAUCUUCCAUAGUUGAAUUAAAGAAUAUAGAUUCAGUAGUAAAAUUAAAAUGCAAUGAGAAAUAUUCUUUGUCACUUCCUUUAAUGCAAUCACAAUUAAUUUCUCAAAAUAUAAAUCAUAAAUAUGAAGAAAAAGACAAUAUAGAAGAAUCAGUAACAGAAUUAUUGGAUUUGAAAUCAAUUGAAGGAACAGAAAUGAAAUAUUUAAAAAACCAAAUUAAACAACAAAAUGUAGUUCAAAAAAUAAAUGAAUGUGUGGAUAAACUUAAUGAUAGUCGAUUUAUUAUAAAAUCUAUAACAAAAAAAAACAAUAGCAAACAUAACGUUAAUUCUGAUGAUUUUCGCAUUUCUUUGGUACCUGGUUAUGAUGAAGAUUCAGAUGUUGAAGAAGAAGUUAAACAGGAAAAGAAAGCUCUAUUUCCAAUUCCACAAAUUGAUGAAAUGACAGAAAAUGUAUCAUCACAUAAAAGUACACUUGAUGAUCAAACAGUAAAUAAUAAUGAUGAUAUUAAUAUUGAAAAAAAAAAUGUACUAGAACAAACUAACGAAGAUUCCAUUUUGGAAAAAUUGGAAUGUAGAGACGAUUCCGGAACUAAAUCAGAAGAAGAUAUACAAAAAGGAAACAAAUUUAUCGAUAAUUUGCACAAUCGAAAUAAAUAUUUUCAAAGAAAAAAACGGAUUGCAUUUGAUGUUCCAUCUACAAAAAUAAAAGUAAAUGAUGAUAAUGAAGUAAGUAAAUCGGAAGGAGACAUACAACGCGAAGAAAUAAAUUCUUCUGAUGAACAUUUUAAUGAAGUUCGAAUUGGUCAACAAGAAGAAUCUAAUUCUGUAAUUGAAAAUGUAGAGGAAAAUAUUUCAAAUUUCAAAAAUGAAUUAAAUAUCGAAGAAGAAAUGAAUAAUUCAGAAUCAAAUAAUGAAUCUAAAGAAAAUGAAGAAGAAGUUAAUCUAUUAUCACAAAUCAUACUUGAGAAAUUGAAAUUUUUAUCGGAAGGAAAACCAGGUGUAUUGCCAGUUCAGUUGAUGUCUAUUCAAUUACAAACAUUGUUUGUUGCAUGGGAAGCAGGUUGUUUAGAAAAGAAUUAUUUGCGAAAAUGGUUGUGUGACACCAGUCACGAAUUGGAACGCUUGGAACAAGAUGCGGCACCAUCUGGAUGGCUAUGUCAGUGGGAUAGGUCGCAUAAGCGAUAUUAUUACCAGAACACUACCACUGGAAUUACACAAUGGACCUAUCCAGAUACAAGCAUCGCCGGUGGAGCUGAAGAAAUGGAAAUUUGUUCCACACCUCCUCCAAUGGAACAAGAAGAAAUUAUUAUACCUGAAGAAGAUGGAUUGAGAUCAAAACCAAAGGAAUCACAGGAGAGUGGUGAGAUAGCUGAAGAUAUGACAAAUCUAAGGAACAAUGACAUAGAAGCUCCACCUCCACCUCAAAUUUCAAACCCAAGCCCACCUCCGCCGCCAAGAAUUUAUGCAGAAGAUUUAAAAAGGGACAAGAGAAAACAAGAUAAAUGCAAUGAAAAUUUGAAUGAUAAAAAACAUUUGGGAGAAGAAAGAACAGCAAUUACAGAAAUAAAGCAGUUGGAAAAUUCUACUGCAUUAUCGUCUGCCUUAUUAUCACCUCAACCUUCUAAUCUUGUAAACGUAACUAGCGCGGAACCUCUGCCGCCAGGAGUAGAUUUAACCGAAGCACCUUACGAAAUAUCUGCAACAGCAUUAAAAAGAAUUAUAUAUGGUGCUGUGCAACCACCAGGUAGUGCUCUUUAUGAUACAACUGCAAGAGAUCCAACAGUUUCUAUUCUAAGUCAUCCAGCGGCAAUAGUACAAGAACAUUAUCUUCAAUAUCCAGCAUAUCAUCAACAUUUGCAUGCUCCAGCGGCCUUAGUACUUCCACAUAAGCAUAGUGUGCAGCCUGCAAUUCAAUUAAUACCUGACUAUACUCCAAUAUAUACAAAUCAUAAAGUUAUUGAAAAACCGCCAGUUAAAACAGCAAAGGAAUCUCUUGUAUCUGCUUUAGAUUCAUUUUAUAAUGAUAUUGCACGUAUAGAAAAUGUCGAAGCAGAAAAAAUUUCUCAAAGACAAGAAAAUCCAAUGGAAGUAUCUUCUUUAUCAAUAGAAGAAGUAAAAGUGGAAACAGAACAAGAAUCUAUUCCUUUUGAAACUACUAUAAAAGAAAAAAAAAGAAAAAGGACAAGAAUCGGUAUUAGUAAGAAACAUAAAGAAGUGUCUAGUAUGGUAGCAAAAUGGCAAAAAGUACAACAGAAUUUUGAAAAUACAUAAA